AUGUCGAACAGCAACUACCAACUCAGUGAGGUCUUUGAUGUCAAGAGCAAGGUCGCCUUGGUCACCGGCGGUGGCUCUGGUAUCGGCUUGAUGGCCACUCAAGCACUUGCUACCAACGGAGCCAAGGUCUACAUUGUUGGCCGUACUGAGGACAAGCUCAAGACGGUUCAGCAGACUUACGGAAAGGACAUCUCUGGUGAAAUCGUUCCCAUCGUUGGCGACGUCACCAAGAAGAGCGAGAUUGAGAAGCUCGUCAAGGAGAUUGAGACCAAGGAGGGUUACCUAGACAUUCUUGUCAACAACGCCGGUAUUGACGCUGGCAAGCUCACUCCCGAUGGCAAGACCGCUGAGGAGAUGAAGAAGAACCUCUUCGACGAGGACACCUUCGAGGACUGGAGUGACCUCUACACUACUAACGUCAUUGCACCAUUCUUCCUCAGCACUGCCUUCCUGCCUCUCAUUCAGAAGGCUACUGAGCGCACACACGGCUGGAGCGGUACCAUCAUCAACAUCUCCUCCAUUUCCGGUCUCGUCCGCAUUUCCCAAGGUCACUUCAACUACAACGCCUCUAAGGGUGCUGUCGUUCAUCUCAACAAGAUGCUUUCGGCUGAGAUCCAGAGCAGCGGUCUCAAGAUCCGUGUCAACGCUAUUGCUCCUGGUGUCUUCCCUUCAGAAAUGACCACUGGCGAGAGCAAGGAUGACCAGAAGAGCGAGCUCCCAAAGGAACACAAGGGAGGACUGCCUUCGCAGAGACCUGGCAAGGACAAGGACAUGGCUGCUGCUAUUUUGUUUGCCGCAAGCUGCCAGUACUUGAACGGCCAGAACAUCCCUGUUGAUGGUGGCUACCUGAUCCAGACUGGUACCUAG